CGCUUGCCCCGUCCCGCCAUGUCGAGCACAAAUCAGACGCGGGUUCUCACCCCGACCUCAGAAGUCAUUACGACUCACCGAAGCUCCUUGGCUCCUCCUCCGAAGCGUGGGUUCUCUGCGAUUUCCCGCGCGUCGUAUUCCUCGAGCUCGUCAGCGUCCGACUAUCACGACAUAGUCGAAAUUCCCGAGGUGCUGAACUCGCAGGAGACAUUGGAGUUCUUUGGCUUCCAGCCCGACGCUGCCAAAAUGAUCUUUGAGUCUUGGGAGCAGCUACAGCAGACGCCGCGACAAUUGGGACACGGCGAGAACAUCCUCACAGCAGCAGAACAUUACAUUAUUCGCAUGGCAGACGUCGAAGAUGCAUGGCUUCCUACCCAUAACUAGCGACAGGCACUAAUCAAGAUGGGAGUCAACAGUAACUUGAUAGACGCUAUUCUCGAUAACAAUUUCGACAAGAUUCGCAAGUCUGCGUCUGCAUCUGCGUGGGUUAUCGACACUUUCAGGACAUCUUGGGAAUUCCUAGAAGGUCUCGAUAAGCGAGUUAGCCGUAAGAAGGACGAGAUGGAUCGCCUCGUCACUCCCUCACCCAGCAUCCUACCACGUCCUGCCAUCCGCAACCAGCCCGGCCUCUUAGAUGGCUAUAGCGAGCCUCCUAUCUUGAAGCUUACUACAAUUACUACUAUGCCGGACAUUGUUGAGGGGAGAGUCAUGUUGCACAAGGGAGGAGCCAUGACGAGAUUGGUUUCCGUAUUUAAUGAUAACGGAUCUCUCAAUCUUGCCCGACUUUUUUCCCUUGCCCCUACGGACUUCCAUCGUACCAGAGUAGAUCUUCUUUACUUUACCAAGCAUCUCGACAUCGCUGAGCAGUACGGCAACUUUACCCAGCGUCGCGUCCCAGGUGAAGAGGGUGCAGUCCUGUCUUUUGCUGUCCCAACCGAGCUCCUCGAUGAUCACAGAGAGAUACUUGGUCGAGAUUGGCAGCAGCUUUAAUGGUGGUCCAGGGGCCCUGUCCGUUCAUUGGAGGAUGUCCAACUCACAGCAUCGCUCACUCAGUACACAGACGCCCCUAUUCUCAUCGGCUUUAUCUGUGGCAUGGCGAACGACAAGGUUGCCUAGCUCAACGCCUCUUCUGAGUUGACCGGACAGUACAUGAAGACGACGAACGAGUCAAA